AAACAACAAACUAGAGAAGUUCCCCCAUACACAUAGAUAGUGUUAGUGUAUCUAGCAAGAGAGUAGGAGAUUGAACCAAAGAUGAAGCAUUUUUGUUUAUUGUUUCUUUUGGCCAUUUUAGUCCAUCAAGGCAGUGUAGAAGCUGGUGAUGGUUUUGUCAGAACAAGAGGCAUUCACUUCAUGUUAAAUGGUAACCCUUACUAUGCAAAUGGCUUCAAUGCUUACUGGUUAAUGUAUACAGCUUCUGAUCCAUCUCAGAGAUACAAGGUUUCAAAUGCCUUCCAUGAAGCAACAAGUCAUGGCCUUACUGUUGCUAGAACUUGGGCAUUCAGUGAUGGUGGUUAUAGUCCUUUACAAUAUUCUCCUGGCUUCUAUAAUGAGCAAAUGUUUAAGGGGUUGGAUUUUGUUAUAUCUGAGGCUAGAAAGUAUAAAAUCAAGCUCAUACUGAGUUUGGUGAACAAUUAUGAGAGUUUUGGAGGGAAGAAGCAGUAUGUGAACUGGGCUAGAACUAACAAUGGACAGUAUUUGACAUCAGAUGAUGAUUUCUUUAGAAACCCUGUUGUUAAAGGUUUCUACAUCAACCAUGUUAAGACUGUUCUUAACAGAUACAACAGUUUUACUGGAAUUCAUUACAAAGAUGACUCAACAAUCAUGGCAUGGGAGCUUAUGAAUGAACCUAGGUGUACAUCAGAUCCUUCAGGAAGGACUAUUCAGGAUUGGAUCACGGAAAUGGCUUCUUUAGUGAAGUCAAUUGACAGGAAUCACUUAUUGGAAGCUGGACUUGAAGGUUUUUACGGACAAUCAACACCACAAAGGACAAGCUUGAAUCCUGGUUUCAAUAUUGGAACAGAUUUCAUUGCCAAUAAUCGAGUCCCAAACAUUGAUUUUGCAACCGUUCACUGUUAUCCCGAUCAAUGGGUGUCAAGUACAAACGAGGAAGAUCAGGUAGCAUUUUUGAACAACUGGCUAAGUGCUCAUUUCCUAGAUGCACAAUAUGCACUGAAGAAACCAAUACUUGUAGCAGAAUUUGGAAAGUCAUUCAAGGAUUCAAGUUACAAUACAAAUCAAAGAGACCAACUCUUCCGUACCGUGUACUACAAGAUAUAUUCGUCUGCUAAAAGAGGCGGUCCUGCAAGCGGAGCAUUGUUCUGGCAACUUCUUACACAAGGAAUGGAAUCUUUCGACGAUGGUUAUGGAAUAAUGCUUGGUCAGACUUCUUCUACAGGUAAUGUCAUUGCUCAACAGUCUCAUAAACUAUACCUUAUUCGGAAAAUCUAUGGGAGGAUCGCUGAUGAAAGGCGAUGGAAAAGAGCUAGAUUUAAUGGUGGAAAUAGAGGAAGACAAAUUGGGUUCUGAAAUUUGAAUUUGGAAUAGUUGUUGCUUAUUGUUUGUGUUGGGAAGACAUUUUUAAAGUUUCAGUAAAAAAGUUUCUCUCUUAGAGAUGAAUCAGAAGAAUGUUUUUCCGUCCAAGAGGGUAACUAAAUUAUGUAGAAGUAUAUUUUUUUUUUUGUUAUAUAUAUAUAAUGCUUUCAGCUUCUAAUUUGUUUAUUAGAGUGAUAAAGCUUCUCCUAAGUUUUUCUUUUGCAUGUAUUUGUUUUUCUCUCUAAAAUAUCAGUGUGAUACUGUAAUACUACCACUGUUAUAUUUACAUGUUUUUUCUUAAGCU